AUGGGCCUCCGCGAACGCCUGCAGGUGAAACAAGGCGACGCCAACCUCGCCGUCGAAGGCGUCGCCUCGAACAAAGACCUCGACCCGAUUCCACUCGACAGCCCGAAGCGGACGUGGCGGUGGCCGUCGCUGCUGGGGUUCUGGGUUGCCGAGGCGUUCAGCAUUAGCAUGUACCAGGUAACCUCUAGUUCGGUCAGUAAAGGGCUCAGUGCGCCGAUGGCCAUUGCGGCGGUCGUGGUUGGGCAUGUCCUUGUUUGUAUUCCGGCCAUGCUGGAUGGCUACGUCGGCGCCAUCUUCGGCAUCAACUUCCCCAUCUACACGCGCGCCAGCUUCGGCAUGAAGGGGAGCUACUUCGCUGUCUUCGUCCGCGGCAUCGUCGCCAUAAUCUGGUUCGGCACGCAGACCUACCAAACCGGCCAAUGCGUGUCCACAAUGAUCUCCGCAAUCUGGCCGUCCUUCAAGCACAUGCCCAACAAACUGCCCGCCAACGGGCCCAUCACCUCCUCCGAGCUGCUGUGCUUCUUCCUCGCGAUCCUACUACAGGCACCACUCCUCUGGCUGAAAGUCUCCAAACUCAGAUACCUCUUUAUAGUCAAGACAGCCAUCAUGCCCAUCUUCGGCAUCGUCCUCUUCGCCUGGGCCGUGAAGGCAGCCAACGGCUUCGGGCCUGUCUUCUCGAAACCCUCACACAUCGCCGACGGGACACCGGUGGCCGUCGUCUUCCUGCAGUGCGUUACGUCGGCAAUCGGACCGAAGGCAACACUCGCGCUCAACAUGCCCGAUUUCACGCGUUACGCGAAAAAGCCACGCGAGGUAUUCUGGACACAGGCCGUAGGCCUCGUAAUUCUCGUGUCGCUAUGCGGCGUCCUCGGGGCCACAGUCUCCUCCGCCAGCGAAGUCAUCUACGGCGUGCAGACGUGGAACCCGCUCGAAGUCGCCGUGUUGUGGGAGAACCGGGCGGCUCAAUUCUUCGCGGCGUUCUGCUGGUCCCUCGCGGCAAUCGGGACGAAUAUCAGUGCGAACAGCGUGAGUUUCAGCAAUGAUUUGGCCCUUUGGUUCCCGCGGUACAUUGACACGCGGCGGGGCGCGUAUAUUUGUGCGCUGCUGAGUAUCCUCAGUAUGCCGUGGUAUAUCCAGAACAGCGCGGCGAGUUUUUCGGCGUUUUUGGGUGGGUAUAGUUUGUUUCUUGGGGCGAUUGCGGGGGUUAUUGUGGUGGAUUAUUGGGUUUGUAGGGGGAGACGGAUGAGGUUGAGGAGUUUGUAUGAGGCGAAGGGAACGCAUUAUUUCUGGCACGGGGUGAAUGUUCGGGCGAUGGUUGCGUUUGUUUGUGGGAUUGCGCCGAAUAUGCCGGGUCUUGCGGCGGUUACGGGGCAGAAGGGGGUGCCGAAGGGGGCGAGCUAUUUGUAUAGUUUGAGUUGGCUGGUGGCGAUUGUUGUUUCGGGGGUUGUGUAUUAUGUUUUGUUUUUGGUUUGGCCGUUUGAGGUUGAUGAGAAGGUGGUGAGUGUGCUGGAGGGCUUGGAGGAUGGCGAUGUUAGGGUUGAGGAGGGGGUUGAGCCGAAGAAGUAA